CGGAUACUCUGCGCAGACAUUUCCAGCUCUCCUUCACCUUUAGCAGCUAUUCGUUAGCAUUCACAUGGCUUCGUUUAUUAUCAAACCUGCUUACCUCCGUUGUGUUGUAAGGACAGGCAGGCUCAUAAACGAGCAUCGGACGAGAAACACAUGGUAUUCAGGCAGAAGUUAUGCAACUGAAGGAGACAACAGGGUACCCAAAAUAUACACCAAAACUGGAGACAAAGGUUUCUCAAGUACAUUUACAGGAGAAAGGAGGCCAAAGGAAGAUCAUAUUUUUGAGGCCUUGGGAAAUGCAGAUGAGCUAUCAUCAACUAUAGGCUUGGCGAGAGAAUUUUGCCUCGACAAAGGCCACACGUUUACAUAUCAGCUGGACAAGAUCCAGUGCAUUCUACAAGAUGUGGGCUCCAAUAUUGCAACUCCUCGAUCAUCUGCAAGAGACAGUCACAUAAAGAAAACAAAAUUUACUGCACAGCCAAUUGCAGACCUGGAAAACUGGAUUGAUACAUUUACAGAAGAACUCCCUCCACUGACCAACUUCAUUUUACCUUCUGGAGGGAAAAGCAGCGCCGCUUUGCACUUGGCUCGGACAGUGUGUCGGAGGGCAGAACGCAGUGUUGCUCCAAUUGUGCGGUCAGGUGAGGCAGAUCCAGAUGUUGCCAAGUUUUUGAACAGAUUAAGCGACUACUUGUUCACUGCGGCCAGAUAUGCAGCAACGAAAGAAGGCAAAGAGGAGACGAUCUACAAAAGACCCGAAUGACCAGAUCCCACAUGAAGGAUAAGACAAAGACUAAUUUGUUUUUGGGGAUAGUUUGUGUUGCAGAGAUUUCACUUUUAGUGUAAUUUUUUUAAUAAAUAUGAAUGUGGUCCAAAAUAUUCUCUUAUUUUGUUUCUACUUUCUUCUUGGCAUAUUGUG